UUCUAGACACAUCGACCUCUUACAGGAUUAAUCCAGAAAUUAUCAUUCCUGUUUCUGCCUUGCUUUUCCCUCUUUCUCGCAGGUUCUGCAUAGACUGUAGUUCCCACUCCGGAGGGCCCAAAUUCGUGACCUCGCUGGAUUAAGGUCGAUAGUUCGGAUUCAUGUAUAGAAGACCAGCAGCUAGCAGCUCAAAUUGGAGGACUUCGAGGAGAGAGUCGGGCGGAUUUAGAUUCCGGAGAAGUUUUAGAAUUGGAUCAGGUUGAGCUCAGCGAUUCGUUUCCAGGCGUGUGAUUGAACAUUUCUUGACAAAUCGAUUGGUGUUAGGGGUGGUUAUCGUAAGGGGGAGUUAGUUUCCUUCGUCUUGCUCUCCUCCGACAGCUGAGUAAAUUUUUUCAAGGAGAUGGAGAUGAACAAUCCCAGUCCGAAUGUAUAUUCAAAAGUUUAGAUUUGUGAUCUAGAGGCUUCAAGACCUUUGGAUUGCACGAGGCAGCGAGCGGACGAAAGAAUGCUCAUAAGGCAGUAGGCUAGAAGAUAAUUCAAAGACCGAAGUCUUCGCCGCGUAUUGACGAUCAUCAUCAUGUUUGGCGUACUAUUUCCAAAUCGGAGCUUCCCUCUGGCUGUCUCCACCUUUGCCCAAGUGGAUGAUCAUCGAUGGCUACUUGACAUGAACUAUUUUGUAGGUGAAGCAUACGAUCAAGUGAAGGACAUGUGCCUCUUUCUAUUGAACGAUCAAAUGUUGCCAGCCGAUAAAGCUCUGGCGGUCUACGUUCAAAGUCCAGGCUCGUCAUUCGAGUACAGAGGAGCAGUCCACAAUGCGUGUCCUUCUGCUGUCAUUCCGCUUUUGUGGCCAGCUAAUCCCAGUCAAAUGCUGUUGAUGCCUCCUGGCUCUGCUCCCCUUACUGCACAAAUAGGUGUUUCUGUUGAAGAUUUAGCAACUUUGCCCCUUCUCAAUUUAGGCCAGCAAAAGCGUGUGGAGGAAUUAGCAAUGAAGGUAGGUGAAAACCUUUUCAAUUUCAUGCAAUCAUUCUGCACCGUGGAAGGAGACAAACUCGUGGUUCCUAUGGAUAUACUGAAUCGGUGGUUCAAGAAGUUUCAAGAUAAAGCCAAACUAGACCCAGAGUACCUCAAUAGAUUUACGCUGUAACUUCACAAGGUUUUUCUAUCUUCCCUCCUACUUACAGCAAUUUUCAUAAUUGCGAGCGUCUUGUUCGUUGUUUCUUUUGCAAUGGAGAAUGUUUCGGUGAUGAUUG